CACUCUCUCUGCUUGUUCUUGGUAGCUUGCUCACCGGCCAGCUGCUGCUGCUCAAACCAAAACCAGCUUGGCAGGAGAAGGUAGAUAGUCCAGGAGGUAUGGAGGUGGAGGUGCCGAUGGAGUAUGGCGUGACGACGACGGUGGGGGAGGAGCAGGGGUGGGAGACGCCGAGGAGGGAGGGCUGCCGCAUCCCGGCGGUGCCGACGUGCCCGCCGCCGCCGCCGAGGAAGAAGCCCGCAGUGGAGCUCGGCAGGGGGGCGGCGCCGCGCCGGGAGCCGCCCAAGGGUGGGUACUUCCAGCCGCCGGACAUCGAGUCCCUCUUCAUGCUCGCGCCGCCGCGGAGGCACACCGCCUCCACCUGCGCGUAAACAAAGUGAUCCUCUGCAGACCACAGCAACUAGCUGUCUCCUAGGGAAUAGCCACUAGCCAUGGACGUUGGCCGCACAUCUUGUUUUGGUUUUGGAGAGAGGAAGAUGUGCCGGCGCGUCCCUCUUCUGCCUCAGUUCCUGACGCGAAAAAUGACAGCACCAAGAAGAAUGCUGCUCGUGUGUGUGUCCCUCCCUGGCCCGGCUGGCCAUAGGUAGGUGUAGGUAGUUGGGAGGAGUAGGAGUAGGAAAGGUUCGAUAGUGUAGCCGUACAGAAGUGUGCAUCUACGUGUAGAUGUUCUUGCAAAAAUGUUCCUCCCUUGUGCUACUUGGCCUUUUGUCCGUCUCAACAUUAUAUCAUUGUAAAAUUACUUUAUUUAA